CACACCAAAGAUUUUAGAGAGUAUAUUGAAUAUAUACCCAUUACAUGUUGUAGUGAUCGUAACACAUGAUCAUGCAUUACGAUCAAUAUUUUGCAUAAAACUUAUUAAAUAAUGAUUUUUAGCAAUAGCGAUAGACAACAGAUGUGGCUUUUGUGGCUUCUGAUUGAUUGAACAUUUCUAUACUGUUAUACAUUCUAUCGCUGUUGUUAUCACUAUUCCUUCGCGUUGUACAAGGACCUCAAGGCUCUGCGCACAAUAGAGAAAUAUUAGGUAUUAAGGAAUAGGAAUUAAAAACUUUUAAAUUAAUUUUCCUAAUGAAUAUUAAACGUAACGCACAAUGGAUACGAAUAAAACGUAAGACAUAAAUGUGUUGUGCAAAAUACAACAUAACUUGUUUCAUCAGAUAGUAUUUAUUGAAGAAAUUGAUUCUGAAUUUUCAAUUCUCAUUCCCAAUAUCUCUUCUUCCUUUAUUGUACGUACGCAGGCUCUAGCGCCAAAAAGAGCCAAGACUUUCGCACUGACGAUGGCAUCAGAGAGUAUCCUCGGUAGCAUCGUCCGUUUUCGAUAGAUUUGGCUCUCUGUCUGGGAAAGGUUCCCAGGGCGAAGAUAUGAAAAAGAAGAGCGACAGGUUUCGAAAUUGCAAAUUUCCGAGCAAGUAGUAGUACGAGGCAACGGUUUCCCGAUCUGCUCGCGUAUCGUCUGACAUAAGAGCGUAAAUAGCUAGAUAGAUAGAUAGAUAGAGAAAGAGAGAUCGCGUGUGUAUCGGGUAAAGUAACAAUAUACCGGGGCCAUGUUUCCCGCACGCUGUUCAAUAUUUACAUUAACGAAGUGGAUAUAUUACCGGAUUACGAUGACCCCUGUGGCUUUUUAAUUAUACAGGCCUCAGUGCGCCGGGACAUCUGCCCUAUAGAAAUCGGGUCUCCCGAUCCCCCCGAUUGGCUCCCCGCUCCGUGUCGGCGAUCCGUUUUCCUCGCUACAGAGUAUCAAUUACAUUGUUAUUACCCGGGGAGUAGCCGGAAGAUGCGGCGAGAUCGCAGAUAAUACACUGGUAUAAGAGCAUGCCGCAACAAUGGGACAGGUACACAGGAGCGUCUACCGAAGCGUGGUCCCCGUCGUGCGAGCAGCGCGAUAGCCAUCGCGCGGUGCAACUAUGCGUCUAAUUUGGAUCUGUCCGCAAAGAGGAUGCGCCUCGCAAAAAAAAAAAGAGAAGAGGAGGGGUACGUGCCCCACGGGGCCCGGGCGUGUGCGCCCCGGCAACUCUCGCGUGUAUCCCUUACGUAUGUAUGUAUUUAUAUAUAUAGCGAAGGGCUCGUCCUUUGAAGGAUUUAGUGAAACUCUCGGGAUGACGAGCGAAGCACGAGCCUCGCGAACGGGGAACACGGACUUCAGCAUAGCCCGCAUCCUCGCGGACGAGCUCCCGCCGACGGACGCCGAUGUCAACGUGCGGAAAUUUCGGCGCGAGUCUCCAGGGUGCGAUUCCCCAAGACGGGGCACGAGAAUCGGCGAACGCGCGAACGGAUCGAAGGAGCGGGACGCGCCGCCGGGCGAAACGCGCCGCGACGACGCUCUCCUCGUCAACGGGGAACGACGACCGCGGGGUGGCGAUCGCGACGGCGAGGAUGCGACGCGGCGGACCGAUCUCACGUGGCUCCAGUAUACGCGGUACAGACCGCCGAGGCUGCCCAGGAGGUCCUUUGCCGAGAGACGAAUCAAGCGACGAGCGGGCGACCAUCCCCGCAUCCCCUUUUCCUCGUCUCAGCUGCAGGUGUUGGAGGAUAGGUACAGGAGGUGCGCCUACCUGACCAGGAAUGAAGUCGUCGAGAUGUCCGCGACGCUGAGACUGCCACAGAGCAAAAUUAAGAUCUGGUUUCAAAAUCGUCGAGCGAGGCAGAGAAAGGAGUCGUUGCAGUCCACGAUAACGGCGCGAUGACUCGACGACGGGUGGAAAUCGGCAGCGGUUCUGUUGGAAUCCGAAUCGAGACGGACGAUUCGGUCGUCAAGAUCGACGUUGCGCCGACGAAUCUGGAUCGCGAUUAUUCCGAGUAGCCCAAUCUCCGGCACUGCGACUAUUUAUUUCGUGCUCUUCGAUUAUUGUACUGUAAAUAAAAUUAUUUAUGACUUUAGA